UUCAUUAUGGGUGGAGAGGAAGGAGAGAGCAAGGUGAGGACAUUCGGGAGACCAAAGCGCCAAAUAUUCCGCAAGGGAGCAGUGGAUGCCUUUGUCAUGACCACUCCCCGACCUCUAGGUCCUCUGAACUACAUGCGAAUUUGGCACGACAAUUCUGGAAUUGGAACUCGUCAAUCUUGGUUCCUGAAUUUUGUCAUAGUGAAAGAUAUCCAAACGGGAGAGAAGUACGAGUUCAUUGCCAACAGAUGGCUUGCAGUUGAGGAGGAUGAUGGCCAAGUGGAUCGGCUUUUGCCGGUCGCAGGACUGGAGCAAAAGAAAGACCUGAAUUUCCUGUUCAACACGCAUUCUCAACGGAACCUGUACGACGAGCAUCUAUGGUUCUCAGUUUUCAUGAGGCCUCCACGAAGCCGUUUCACUCGGGUCCAACGUGUCUCCUGCUGCAUGGCAUUCCUCUAUCUGUCUAUGUUGACCAAUGCCAUGUGGUAUGGCACCGUGCCACAGCAUCCCACCAGCAACGCCCUUCGCUUUGGACCUUUCAUCUUGUCUACGGCGCAGAUUGGCGUGGGGAUGAUGACAAAUCUCAUAGUUUUCCCUCCCUCGUUCCUGAUCGUCUUUCUAUUCAGGAAGUCCAGACCAAGGAAACUGAGACCUUCUCGGAUUGAUCAGGCUCUUGAUGGAGACGUCAGCGUCUUCUUCGUCUGGGCCUACGGAAUCCAAUUCGGGAAUGAGAAAACGUGCCAAUGGGCCACAUCUCUUGUCACUUCUUUCUUCUCUUCUGUCCUCAUCGUCGAACCUCUCAAGAUUCUCCUGAUGGCCCUCUUGUUCAGUUGCAUCUUCAAAAUGGAACCUAGCAACGAUGAUGCAGAUGAAGACGAAGAAGAUCCUCGUCUUAGAUAUGAUCAGGAGUGGAUCCCUGAGAGACUAAAUGAGAGAGGUGAAUAUUGUCCGGUGGAUCAGAAGACUUUACAAGCAAUCAGGGAGAAAAGGCUGAAAGAAGUUCGAAUGUGGGAGAUCAUCAAAGAGAUCAUCCUUUACAUUUUCUACCUUUGGGUCAUUCUCGUUCUCUCAUAUGGCAACAGGAGUCCGAAUACCUUCUACCUCCAGGAUGCCUUCGCGAACACCUUCCUAAGGAUUGGAGACCGCGAAGUGGACUUCACCAAGGUGGUCACGACAAACGACUACUGGAGCUGGCUAAACGGGGUUGUGAUGAAUCAACUCCGUGCUCAGAAUUGGUACAAUGGAGAUGCGCCCUGGGGCUUCAAAGGUUUCCUGGACGAUCGAGUAAAUCGACUCCUUGGAUAUGGAACACUUCGUCAAGUCCGAGUCCGUCCCCAGACUUGUUUGUUUUCCAGUAGCUAUCGAGGAUUAAACAUCAAGACAUGUUCUGGCACUUCCAGUGUCGUCAAUGAAGACAGUGAUGAUUACUGUGAACACUGGCAACGAAAAACUGAAGUCAAUAACAUUGAUUCGCAAUGCGCUCAGCCCGAAUUCAUGUAUAGGAUGGCAUCGGAAAUGGGAACCCUUCCCAUUGUGGGACACCUUGACGCCUACAGCGGUGGAGGAUACGUUGUGGAGUUGCGAGGAUUAGAAUCUGAGAUUCGAGGGCGCCUCGUGACUCUGCAAGGUCUCGACUGGAUUGAUCGCUACACCAGGGCCGUCUUCUUGGAAUUCUUCACUUACAACGCCCAAGUGAACUUGUUCGGUAUUUGCCGGGUGACGGUUGAAAUGAUCCCUGGCGGAGGGAUGGUACCAAGCUGGCGAUUCGACGGAAUUACCCUGCUCCCCUAUCAAACUGGAUUUGGCAUCUUCAUCCUCAUCUGCGAACUGUUUUUCCUCCUCUUUCUUCUUUAUUUCACUUACCGAUGCUUCAGAGGGUGCUGCAGGGAAAAAUGUCAUUACUUCCGUCAGUACUGGAGCUACGUCGACAUGACAACUCUGUUACUGGGAUGGACUGCGGUUGUGCUCUACAUCUAUCGAUAUGUUGUCACUCAAGACAUCUUGGAGAAGAUCUACGAAUCCUACGGCAAUGAAUACGUCAACCUCCAGCAUGUGGCUCUCAUUGACGAGAUUUUCGGAUAUAUGGUUGCCUUCCUCACCUUCAUCGGAAUGGUUUCCUUUAUCAGACUCCUUCGAUUCAAUCGUCGAAUGGGAGUCCUUGCGGCAACUAUGAAACAAUGUUGGGACGACCUUUUGGGCUUUGGCUUCGUAUUCUUCACGUUCUUCAUCGCAUUCUGUCUCAUGUUCAAUCUUUUCUUUUACGCGGACCUGGAAGAAUGGCGGAAUUUCGUGACGGCCUUUGGGACCUGCUUUUCCAUGUUGUUGGGGAAAUUCAAGUUCGACAGCAUGAGACAGACCAACAUUGUCGGAGCCGUUUUUUUCUUUUUCUUUGCAAUCUCAAUGAGUCUCAUCAUGAUCAACAUCUUGAUGACCAUCAUCAUUCGAGCAUUUGAGGCUAUCAAGACAGACCUGUUCAGGCAGCCGAACGAAUAUGAAAUAAUGGAGUUCCUCUGGGCCAGGGCAAAAUCCUAUUUCGGCCUGUCUGGACGAAGGGGAAGGGUGGCUCCAACUCCUCAAGAUCCACAAAAACACGACAAGGGAAUGCCUUUCUUAGUUCCGCUGCUGUUUCGGACCCUCCACUUGGUUUUUCAACUAUACGAAGAUUGUGUCGCAUCGUACGAGAAUACGGUGAACGUCGGAAAGCUCGACUGCAUGGUGGUCAAAAAGCACGUGAUCCUUUGGGAUUCGUCGGGAACAACGCACGGAGCAGGCCCAAGUUACAAAGGCUGCUACCGGGACAACUGGACGCGUCCGGUGUUCUCACGCGUUCCUGGAGGAUACGACCCGGUGAUUACUGUUACUCCAAUCAUGUGCAGUGGAGCGUGUGGAGACAUCGGUUCGACCCUGGCUGCUCUGCAAGAAGGAGGUCGCUUCUGCACCUGCAGUUCUCCUGGAAGACUCGUCUCUGAACUCAACAGCUCAACCGCUGCCUUGUCCUUGGGCUCGAGGGAACCGAAGGUGUCCUUUAUGACUGAGGAAAUAACUGAAAACAUGACGUUGAAAGGAGUGGAUUGCCCCAAAAUUGCCAUCCCCGGGGUUCCAUUCGAAUGCUUGGUCUACGUGGACGGCGCAUACCGAGCCGAGCUGGAUGUCAACCCUCCUGGCAUUUCGCUUCCACUGCCAGAUCAUGAAUACAUCUCGUUGGGCAAUCUGCCUCCAAAGGGGACGCCUUCCAUGUCGAAUGACCUGCAAUAUCCAAGUAUAGGAGAGGCUGUGUCCAUCGCCGUGGGGGAACCGGGGAUCCCCAUCUCUGGUACCCUCGUCGCCGUCGAGUAUUACGGCAACGGCACCAUGUAUCUCAAUGUCUCACGACCGGUCUGUGGCAACUCCGGCGAGAACAUCUGCAAAACCGACUACUCCACGUGUGGUAGUACCUGCUGGGCGGCGGAUAAUUCUUCGACCACUUGUGACGCUUCUUAUCACUUCUGCCCUUUCUCUUUUGGCUGUUCGCUCGACGAAACGUGUCCUGCUUUGGGCGCAUCUCAAGCCUCCGAAAGUAUCGUGAGAACGGAUGCAUUGACGGCUGGGAGCAGAGGCUGGCACUUGAUGACCAUGAGUUCACAAAUCCUCGAAGGGGAUUCGCUGAGCAUCUAUUGUCCAUCGCCGUGUGGACUUGCAUUCAGGAAUGCGUAUUCCGAUGAGACUGGAGAUUUCAACCUGCUGAGUAACUCGUAUAGCAACAGAAUCUAUUACGUGAGGGCUGUCGUAAGGGGAGAGAACCAGACGUUGAACGUGGAGCAGAACUGCACUGUGAACCCCAAUCCUCUGGGAAUAACUUUCAAGCCAUUCGCAUGGAAGCCGGCCGGAAAUGGAACAAUGACGAGGGUGGCUCUGAGUGGACAGCAAUCAGCGCUCGUUCCGUGCGAAAUCCCCAUCGAGAAUCUCACGAUCCUGCAACCACUCCAGAAGAUUUAUCUUCCUGUUGGCGCGCAGGUCCAACUUGUAUACAGCAUGACUCAGGGUUCGCCGGCAAAUGUCGUCGUCAACUGGGGAGACGACAUCAAUAAUUCUUCAGUCAUCCCGGGCGAGUUACCAAUUUCUUAA